GAGGCUGUGUUUCCCUGCGCGCGGAAGUUCAGAAGCUGAGCAUUUUUCUGUUAAUCCGGCCGGCUGAUAAAACUUCCUUGCUUUGAGACAUCUGCUGGCUAGAGGCUGUAGGAGAAGAACCUUGGGGAGCCCCUGAAGCCACACAAUGGAGACUGUGAACUUUGCAGAUGUGGUUGUGAACUUUACCAUGGAAGAGUGGGGUUUGCUGGAUCCUUCCCAAAAGAAGCUUUAUAGAGAUGUGAUGUGUGAAAACUUUAGGAACUUGGCUGUUAUAGGAAAAAAUUGGGAUGAGCAGCAAAUUGAACAUGAAUACAAAGAAUACAGGAGAAGCAUAAGGAGAGAAGAAAUAAAGAAAUGUUUACAAUAUAAAAUAUGGCAUUUGCAUGAAGAGAGACUUUGCACUCCAGAUACUAAUAAGAACAUGAAAUCAAUCAGAACAAAACCAAGUGAAUGGUAUACUUGCAGAAUGCCCUUCAUUGAUAAAAUAUUGCCCAGAGUUCACUUUGUAGCUAACACUGGACUCAAAUUGCAUCGGUAUCAGGGAUCUGAAGAUGGGAAAACCUGCACUGACCUGCACUGCUUUCACAAACAUGCAAACAGAAUUCCUGGAGAGAAAUCCUAUGCAUGUAACCAAAGUUUAAAAUGCUACUCUGAUUUUCCUGAAGGAAGCAGUACUGAAGAGAAAUCCUUUGUCUUUGAGAAAGAUAUGAAAGCCUUCAAUAUACCCAAAUAUGUUCGAAUAUGGGAAAGAAAUCAUACCAAAGUGAGCAAACAUUUAUAUGUACAAUAUGAGCAAAAUUUUAAUUCUCACCAUGAUGUUCAGAUACAUAAGAUAGCUAACAAUGUUGAAAAUCACUCUGUAAGUAAACAGUGUGUGGAAAUACUCAACAACAUUUCAUUUUGGGAAUACAAAAAAAUGCACAGUGUGAAGAAACUGUAUGUAUGUAAGCAGUGUAUGGAAAUUUUCUUCUCUAGCAGUGACUGUAAAAGACAUGAAAGAGAUCACACUGGAGAGAAACCAUAUGUAUGUACACAUUGUAGAAAAGCUUUUAGCACACACAGUCAUUGUAAAAGACAUGAAAGAACUCACACUGGAGAGAAACCAUAUGUAUGUACACAUUGUAGAAAAGCUUUUGGCACACACAGUCAUUGUAAAGCACAUGAAAGAACUCACACUGGAGAGAAACCAUAUGUAUGUACACAUUGUGGAAAAGCUUUUAGCAGAAACAGUUAUUGUAAAGCGCAUGAAAAAAUUCACAGUGGGGAGAAACCUUAUGUAUGUUAUCAAUGUGGGAAAGGUUACAGCUGCUACAAUAAUUAUAAAGCUCAUGAAAGAAUUCACACUGGGCAGAAACCUUAUGUAUGUACACAUUGUGGAAAAGCUUUUAGAAGAUACACUUGUUGGAAAAAACAUGAAAGUACUCACACUCGUGAGAAACCAUAUAUAUGUAACCAAUGUGAGAAAGCCUUCCACUCAUACAGUGCUCUUCAAAGACAUAAAAGAACUCACCCUGGAGAGAAACCAUAUGCAUGUGACCAAUGUGGUAAAACAUUUAGAUACCAAAGUGGAUGUAAAAGACAUCAAAGAAAGCAUACUGGAGAGAAACCUUAUGUAUGUAACCAAUAUGACAAAGCUUUUGCUUCACACAGUAACUAUAAAUUACAUGCAAAAUCUCACCCCUGGGAGAAACUCUAUGUAUGUAAUCAGUGUGGGAAAGCAUUUAAAUCCCAAAGUGAAGGGACAAUUUGUAAAAGAACUCACACUGGAGAGAUAUCAUAUAUAUGUGACCAAUGUGGAAAAGCAUUUAUAUCCCAAAGUCAAUAUAGAGAACAUCAAAGAACUUUCACUGGAGAGAAGCCCUAUGUAUGUAACCAAUGUUGGAAAGCCUUCACCAGACACAGCCAUUAUAAAAGACAUGAACGAACUCACUGUGGGGAGAAACAUUAUGUAUGCAACCAAUGUGGGAAAGCCUACACCAGACAUGGUCAAUUUGAAAGACAUGAAAGAACUCACACUGGGAUGAAAACCCUAUGGAUGUAACCAACGUGGGAAGCCUUCACCCAACAAACAUUGUAAGCCAUUUUAAGGAGAAGGCUUAGAUAUGUAAAAUGUGAGAAAGCCUUCACUAGACAAAGUCAGUGUAAAAGACAAGUACUCACACUGCUUAGAAACUGUCUAUGUAAACAGUAUGGGUAACUUCAACAGAAAGAUUGUCAACAACAUGAAAGAACUGAGUAUGAGGAGAAACUAUCUACAUAAGUAAGGUGGAAAAGGUCUUAGGCAAUACACUCAUUUCCAAAGGCAUGAAACUUCUAGGGUACAAAGGUUAUGUUUUUAAAUUGUUUAAAUGCAUAAACUACACAUAGAUAUGAAAUUAAAGAAUUGUUAAAAUAAUCUUCAGCCACCUAGUAUUACGGACUUAAAGGUGUAAGAAAUCGUGUGAAUAUAUAUAAUGUAACUUAUGUAAACAUUAAAACAAAUUGGAGAGCAGUCUGUAAAAAUUUGAAAAAAAUCUUUCAAUACAUAGAGCAAUCACAUUGUAAAUGAAGCAGUAAUUGAAGAUGAGAACCUUAACAUCUAUGAACAGUAUGGGAAAAUUUUUUUCUCAGUGCUUUCAAAUACAUAAAUAUUUUUAUGUGAUCAAAGCCUUAUGUAUGUAAUUGAUGUGGCAAAUCCUUAAAUUUUUCCGCAUUGAAGUAGAUGAAGAAAUUCCUAUGAAACAUAAACCCCAUGUGGAUAAUUGUAGAAAGCAUUUUCUAAUUUCUGUAUCAGAAAACAUGCAUACACAUAAAGGGAGAGUGCAUAUAGAGGGUUUGAAUUGUCCUUACAUACAACUGACCUUUCUUUGAAACAGGAAUUCAUAGUGGAGAAAUAAUAUAUCAAUGUAUAUUUUUGAUCAUAUGUCCAUGCUUUCAUAUUUCAAGUGAAGAAUGUUCUGUGAGAAACCAUUAAAAAAAUGGAUACAGAAAUCUUUUUCAUACAUACUUUGUAUCACAUUAAAUGCCUAUAAAUGUACAUGUCUAUAAAUGUUCUCAGUUAUAAUUUAGUUUUAAAAUCAUUUGAAUGUUUCUCAAGUGCAAAUAUAUACAAAUCAUAAAGCUGGAUCUGUUUUUUUCUAUGAAAUAUAGAAGCAGAAGAGAUACUCUAAACUGUGAAUAUGUAAACUGUUGAAGUAGAUCUCUGCAGUAGAUAUCAUCAGUUGCAUUUUGUGAAUAUAUAUUGUACUAACAUAAAUAUGUUACUGUAAGGAUAGUAUAUGAGUUUGGCAUUGCCUUUACUGAAACUGGGUCAUAGUUUAUACAGUGAUGCACGUAAAGGUAAGUUUCUAUAUACUUUACAUACUAGGAGGGUUAGAAGUUUUGUAGCUCUGUUUAUAUUCUUUGGUUUUGUUUUUAGUAAUUGUGGGAUAAAAUGACUCUCAAACUGAGCUUUUGUUAGGUUUUCUCAUUCUGUACUAUGCCAUUUAAUAGGUGUGUGCACGUAGUCUAUUUUUCAAAAAGAAUUUUGAUAUUAAAAUGCUUUAUGAUUAUCAUUUUAUUUUCCACUGUUUUCUACUCAUUCACCUGUUUUCAGCCAACUUGUAGGUUAACACAUUUUCCAUAUUUGAAAAGGAUGUGGUCAUAUUUCUCAACAAACUUAUAGAUGAUACACAGUUCAAGGCUGUGCCUAUAUUUCAUUUGAUAUCAGAGUGAUUAUACUCAUGUGUAUACAACUUUCCAUAUUGUUUACCACAUAAAAUUUUAUUUCCUCAGACAUAUUGCCAUAUAAUUUACCGGUAAUCAUUCUGUCACUCCUCCCACUAAACAAAAUGCACUUUCAUGAGUCUCCAUGGCAGUAUACAUAAGGAUUAUAUUUUGUUUUAGACAACAUGUAAUGGAAUUAUAGUAAUUAAUCUCUUACUGUAAAUGUUAAAUACUUUGUCAUUAUAAAUGUUGAUGUUCAUAAAGACUUUGCCUACACAAAUGUCUUCAAGUUUUUAUCUACAUUGUCUUCCAGCAGAUUUAAUGUUUGUGUUUUAAUAUUAAGAUCUUAGAUCUAUUUUACAUUUACUUUAGUGUGUGUUAAAAGAUAUGGGUCCAACUUGAAUCUUCUUGCUGUGCAGAGCCAGUUUUGCCAAUGCCAUUUGUUAAAGAGGCUGUGUUUCUUCCAGUGAAUAUAUUUGGCAACUUUGUCAAAGAUAAGUGGGCUCAAUGUGUCUGGAGUUGUUUGUGCACUUUCUAAUCUGUUUCACUGAUUUGUGGUCCCCCCCCACCCCCACCCCCCCGCCAUAUGACACUGUUUUUGUUUUUGGUUUUUUAAAUUUUUUUUGGUACCAGAGAUUGAAUUUACCAGCUUGUGCUUGCCAGAAAUGUGCUUAUACCACUAAGCUAAAUCCGUGGCCUGCCACUGUUUUUACAACAGUAGCUUUAUAUGAUUUCAAGUCAGGGAUUGUGAUGCCCACUGCCUUGCCUUUGUUGCCCAGGAUUAUUCUUGCUUUCAAGGUCUUUCUGAUUCCAAUUGAGGGGCUGUGGAGAAAAAGGAACUCUACCACUGUUGCUGGGAGUGCAGACUGGUGCAACUGUGGAAAUCAGUGUUGAGAUACCUGAAAAACCUAGGACUAGAAUUCUCAUUCAACCCAGCUAUUCCCCUUCUGGGUAUCUUUUCAGAAGAAUUUAAAACAUCGUAGCAGAUUGAUAUUUGUGCAUCCAUGUUUAUACCAGCACAAUUUGUAAGAAAUCUUGGAAAACGCCUAAAUGUCCAUCGGCUGAGGAAUGGAUAAAAAAGAAUGUGACAUUUUUAUGGAAUGGUGUAGUACUGAACUUUAAAGAAGGACAAUCUUGAGACUUUUAUAGGUAAAUGAAUGCAACUUGAGAUAAUAUUCAUAAGUGAAAUCAGACUCGUGUAAACAUUGUCUCACUAAGCUGAAAGAAACGUAUAUAAAAAGAUAGUUACACUAUUGAUUUCUCUGAAGUAACUGCAAGGAAAAAUUUGUGCUGGUAUUGUUUGGACAAUGGAAUGCGGAUGUCUUGCUGUGUGAGAAUGAUUUGGGGAUGAUAAUGCAUAAUAUAUUUGCCAUUGGCAUGCUCUGAUUCACAUUUAAAUUUAUUUUUAUAUGUGAAAUAAAAUAGAUUUGAAGGAAACAAA